GUUUCAGUUGGGCCAGUACUGUAGACUGUGGCGCAGCAGUUCACCAGCCACAAAGGCUCAACCCAGCGAUGUGAAGUGCCUGAGCUGGAUGUCGUCUUAGACUAGGUGUCUCCCUAUGCAAUAAGUUGAGACGAAAUUACUCCAAAGGCCAAGAUUAGAACAUCUACUCCAACCUUGAAUAUUUGGUGUGACCAGUCUUCGAAUUCUGUCCCAAUGGCCCUGCGGCUGGCAUUGAGAGCUCCUGAGAGCCGUCUCUGCAAUCGCAUUUCGACCACAACUAGGAGGGUAUACUCAACAAGUAAACAAUCGGAUUACUUUACUGUUGAGCUGAGUCCGAAGAUCAAAGAUCCCUCAAAACUAUUAAAAACCGUCAGAUCUCAGAUCCACAUCACCAAUCCUAGCCGCCACGAUGCAGCAGUUGUACUCACAACUCCACAAUAUGCGCAAUGGCUAGGCAAGGAUGAAUUUAUGUCUGAGUUUGUAGAUAUGCUGUCAGGUUCUGAUGGGACCGGAGAGUUCCAUACUCUGGGCGCUGUUGUUGACCACAUCGCCCCGCCAGUGCCGAACAACAAACCCAUUCAGGGGCUAUCUAUCCUCCGUGGUAAUCUCGACACUAUCCUACCAGGACUAUGGACAAAGGCGCCCCCAAAGGAAUGGUCGGAUGGUGGGAAGGUGUCAGCUCUAACGAUGGAUCUUGGCAACCCGCAUAUCACUAUCCCUCUUACCAACACCACUUUUCAGAACCACAGGACCUCGACACUUAUCAUUAGCCGUUACGACUUGUCAACCGGCUCUCCAAAACUUAUUGAGCAAACUGAUACAAAGCAUUUGCAGAAAGUAAACAUUCCUUUUCGGAAAAGGCUCCCGUCAAUCAAUGACCUUGGUAUCUGGGCUCCCCUCGUGCCUUUGACUCAACCCCGUGUGGUGACUGAGAGCUUUGGUAAUAUCGUACGGCGAGUCGACAUCGAAGAUGAAUCAGUUCCAGCAUCAAAUGAGCUCGAGCCAGCAGUGAACGAGCUCCAUGUCAGCAAAUCGGACUUAGUUCAGUCUCCUAUGGGCAUUUGGGCAAUGAUCACACCUCCGACUUUUGUUCAGUCAGGGGGCAGCUCGCCCUAUGUCAAUCCGGAUCCCGAGGCAACAUUUGCUGAUGGCCAAAGUAUCACGGAGCUAACGGCUUUAACCUCCGAUCAAUUGGGUAUCCUGUAUAGGCAAGGGGGUCGAUUAUAUCAAGUUUUGAGUGGUGGCGGCGGUUGGGGGGCAAAGAAGGGUUUGCUGUCGCUUGACCCCGAGCAAACUCACUUUGUUGUAUCUGAAGAAGAAGAGAUGCAAAGGUUCAUCCAAGCUAUGGAAGGGGGCAAUUUUGUCCCUGUGAGUUCCAAAAUCCAGUUCUUUGCAUCAACAGAUUCUUCUGCUAGCGAGCCGGUCGGAAAGAAACAAACCGGUGUGGUGUUUGGAACAUCCAGCAAGGUCGAGGAUGAAACUGAUGCGAGUCCAUAUCAACCUGAGGCACGAUUGUUGGAGAAUCAUUUCGGCGCUCUCUCCAACGUAGGCAUAUUUGUAACCUCAUCUGAUGCUUCCAUGUUUUCGAAACCUGGGUUCAACAACGACUGGAAACUCAACGUGCCUAACUCUCGAAUCUAUAUUGUAUAGGUCAGCACGGUGUUGAUGGUCUUCACUAGCGGUUGUUGUAUGUAUUAUAAGAAUGUAUAAGUACCCCUCCCAGCGACUAGAGAUGGCUGUAUGUGUAUGUGAAUAAUAUUCUGCCUGCGUUUAUUUAUUGUGGCCUUUGCUUCUUGUGCAAUCCUUCCGCUGCCGCUGCGGCGACAUCAUCCAGCGUUGUUCCCCUCUUCCUCUUGCCCGUCUUCUCGUUUCCAAGUACUUCAUUCUCCGCAAUAUCUUUGUAGACACUCGCGGCACCCAUGAACAUCCUUUUAUCCCAGCCCGCUUCCUCAUUGAAAGUGAGAGCAAUCUCCUCCAUCUCUCGCACCCAGCGAUACGCCUUAGGUGGCAUGCCGGGAACGCUCUUUUCAGCGUUGGCAAGCAUGGCUGGAUAAAAUGUACCAAUCUCAUCUUUAAGAGCGCCUAAGACGCCAAGAUUAUGUGCAGUCGUGAACGAUUGAGUGGCAAUGGCGGUGAAUCCCUUUGAAAGGGAAGCAAAGCACAUUUUUAGACCACUUGCAGCGCCGAUAUCAGGAGAGAUUUGCUUCAUGUUGAGAACAGAUAUCAGUUUCUUUCCAAAAGGGAGCGAGCUGAAACCAUCCGAGCCUGAUAUAGGAAUGCUAGGACGGUACCAGUCAGAAGAGUCGUUGCUGCUUGAUGAUUCUGUUGCGGCAUCGGUAGACGUCUUCUUGGGAGGAUGCCCAAGAAUGCUUCCGUCAACGAAUCGUAUAGGCAGGUUUUCUCUCUUAACAGAUGCCGCAAUGGCCUUGACUGUCGAAGGUGCAACAGCAUUGAGAUCGACAAAGUAAAGCUCUUUCGUAGUCUCUAAGCCUGCUAACGCAUCUGUAAUACGAGUGGCUGUUGCCUCUGCGUCUUUAGGCGGCACAAUGGAGAGUAUAACGGAA